AUGUUCCAACGAACCCUCCUCAGACAGGCUCAGGCCGCGCGCUCCAUCCUCUCUACCUCUUCCCCCUCCACCGCAUCGCUGGCGCUGCGACGGACUACACAACAACCGCGUAUCCCGGCUAUCCGGCCAUUCGUCCCCCGGUCUACCCGUCUCUAUUCAACAGAGACCAAGGAAGCUACCGAAGCUGCGAAAGAGAAAGCCGAGAAGUCUGAGAGUGCAGAGAACGCAGAGGCCGAGGAUCCCAUCAAGAAGGAGCUCGAACAGAAGACAAAGGAAGCCAUUGAAUUCAAGGACAAAUGGCUCCGCUCCGUCGCGGAAUCCCGCAACCUUGUUGAGCGCAACAAGCGCGACAUGGACGCCGCCCGCAAGUUCGCCAUCCAGGGUUUCGCCAAAGACCUUCUUGAUAGCAUCGACAACUUCGACCGCGCGCUGCUAGCUGUGCCCGAAGAGAAGAUCAGCGCUGCUAAGAACGAAGAGAACAAGGACCUCCUCGAUCUCGUCGCCGGUCUCAACAUGACCCAGCAAAUCCUCCUGAACACCCUCCAGAAGCACGGCCUCGAGCGCUUCGACCCCGGCGAGAAGGUCGACGGCAAGGCCCAGAAGUUCGACGCAAACUUGCACGAGGCUACCUUCAUGGCUCCGGCUGCUGAUCUUGAGGAUGGUGAUGUUAUGCACGUACAGAGCAAGGGCUUCCGUCUUAACGGCCGCGUUCUGCGGGCUGCCAAGGUCGGUGUCGUCAAGAACGCUUAA